AUGGCUUCCCUCAACGCUGCAGAGCCUGCAGAUAUACCUAUUGCGAAUAUUCCGGUCCAAACUACAAAUGACGAAAAUAUUUCAAAGCUUGUUGUGAUUCAAGUAGGCGAAGGCAGAUAUCACACAACUGUUGAGACUCUGACAGAGAAGAGUAAUUAUUUCAAGGCCUAUUUUUCAGGGAAAUGGACAAUACCCAUGAUGGAAGAUGGGUCUAUCUUCAUCGACGCCGAUAGCUCCACAUUCGAACACGUCCUUAGGUAUCUUCGUCGAGGAGUAUUUCCUCUUGCUUUUGAUGCAACAAAGGGCCAUGACUAUCGACUGUAUGCGAGUAUCCUCGAGGAGGCCAGAUAUUUCCAGUGUCCAGAGCUUGUUACGUGGCUGGAGGAUCAAUGUUAUCAUAAAUGUGUUACCUGGCGCGUCUCGACAGAAAAUUCUGAGUACUCUAUGGAAGAAGAUAGCAGUGUUGGGGACUUGUGCAUUCUCCCAAGCACUACUGCGAAGAAAUUGAUAUACAACUGCCCGCGGGGUAUUACUGUGCACCGAGGGCAGCGCGAAAGGUGUGGUCGCCAGUGCCGUAACGCUCAGCUCCUCGAGGACAUCAAUUACGACGUUGAAUAUAUCACCUCCGGGUGGCUAUGGAUGGAUGACAGCCUAUGGGUAAGAAGUUGUUUCGUUGAUCAUAUGCAAAAGAAGGCUGCGCUGCCUAUCAAGACCUUACAGUAA